UUAUGGUAUCGUGAAGAGAUUUGGUGAUAUGCAGAUUUUUGGCAUAUGGAAAUGUAAGGAGGGUUGCACAGGAAGUUACAAGUAACAGGGCAGAUAACACAGUUGAAGCUCCUUACAGGCUUUGCCGGUUAUUUUUGAGACAUAAACAUACUUUAAGAGGGCAAUCCCCGUUUCUGCUACAUAGAGCAAAAGAUAAGAUUUUGAAUGGUGGUGGUUAUAGGAAUUUAUAUAGCAUAUCCGCAGGGAGUACAGCUUCUCAGCAUGCCCAAAUUGCCUGGAGAAAGCUUUCUCAUUUAUAUUUCUAUCGGGAAACAGCCUUCAUGCCAAUAGGUCGAAUUGCCCGUGCUUUCAGCUUGGCUUUGACCCGCUCAAAUUUAGUGGCUCCUGGUAUUUUUUCCUUUCUAGUUGGAGAGUUUGUUUGGGGGCAGCGUACAGGUGUAGAAGCAGAAGGCCUCCCAACAAAGGAGUCUUUAUAUAUUCAUGCCCAAGAUGGACAUAUCUAUUUGGCCUUAUUUUUGGUUUCACUUCUGGAGUGUGUUAUCUUGUUUGUCAGAGCAAUUUAUCUAGCAGUUUUGUUCUCACCGUGUAUAGCCAUGACACUUUUUAAGGAUGUCUUUGGCACCCAGUUUAGGAAAAAAUGGCUUCAUGUUGUUCGUCAAACACUGGAAAAAGCAGGCCCAGCAUUUAUAAAAUGGGGUCAAUGGGCUGCUGCAAGGCCAGAUAUCUUCCCAAGAGAUUUGUGUGCUGAACUUGAGAAACUCCAUAGUAAAGCUCCAGCACAUAGUUUUGACUUUACCAAAUGUAGUAUUGAAAAGGCAUUUGGUCGCAAGCUGCCUGAAAUAUUUGAAAAAUUUGAUGAGGAACCUGUGGCGUCAGGAAGUGUUGCUCAAGUUCAUCAAGCUAUACUCAAGUAUGGAUACCCAGGUCAGAAGAUCAAGCCCAUUUUAGUUGCUGUUAAGGUUAGACAUCCAGGUGUUGGUGAUGCAAUUAGGAGGGAUUUUAUGAUAAUCAAUUGUGUAGCCAAAAUUUCAAGGUUCAUCCCUUCUUUGAAAUUGUGGAGAUUGGAUGAAAGCCUACAGCAAUUUGCCGUUUAUAUGAUGUCACAAGUUGAUCUGUCAAGGGAAGCCGCACAUCUCAGUCGUUUUAGCUAUAAUUUUCGAAAUUCAAAAGAUGUCUCAUUUCCAAGACCUCUAUACCCCCUGGUGCACCCAUCUGUUUUAGUUGAAACGUACGAGCACGGUGAAAGUGUUCAGCACUACGUCGAUGAACUUGAAGGCAAUGAACCAAUAAGAAAUGCCCUUGCUCACAUCGGAACCAAUGCACUACUGAAGAUGCUUCUGGUAGAUAAUUUUAUUCAUGCUGACAUGCAUCCUGGAAAUAUUCUUGUCAGAGUAACUCGUAGCAAGGUACCAAGUAAACAGCUCUUUAGAUUGCGGCCUCAUGUUGUUUUCCUUGAUGUGGGCAUGACUGCUGAACUUUCUAAGAGGGAUCAACUGAAUUUAGUGGAGUUUUUUAAGGCUGUGGCCCUUCAUGAUGGUCGAAGUGUUGCAGAGUGCACACUUAGAUUAUCUGGACAGCAAAACUGCCCAAAUCCAAGUGCUUUUAUUGAGGAAGUGGAUAAAUCUUUCGAAUUAUGGGACUCCCCAGAAGGUGAAAUCAUGCAUCCAGGAGACUGCAUCCAGCAAUUGCUUGAGCAAGUUAGGCGGCACAAAGUCAGAAUAGAUGGCAAUGUUUGCACAGUGAUUGUAACCACUUUGGUUCUUGAGGGGUGGCAGCGGAAACUUGAUCCAGGAUAUGACAUGAUGCACACAUUACAGACCUUGCUUUUUAAGGCGGACUGGGCAGAGUCUUUUUCUUACACCAUUGAAGGACUCAUUGCCCCUUAAAAUGUACCAUCAUAUCAUCUUUAUUUCUUAGUUCUUUUUUUCCCUUACAAAAACACACACGAGAUUCAUCAGAUAAC